AUGUCCAAACUAUUUCGCCUGGAUGGUCAGCGGCAUAAUAAACCCGACUGCAGUCCAGCCCAUCUCGCCGAUCUCCGCCGCCGCAGUGCCAUUCACACUCCCCCUGUUGUCGCUAUUCCAAAGUACCGCGUGCGUGGGAGUUACGUGGAGUACGUGAUUGAGUGCGCCGCCCACGAUCUCCGCUGGCACGUCUACCGGCGAUAUCAGCAAUUCCGCGAUCUCGACCACAGCCUGCGCCGCCUCUGCCCGCUGGGCAAUCGCCACCACUGCGACUACGGCGUCUUGCCCGUUCUCUCCGGCAGUCACUGGGCGGAGGUGACGAAUCAGUCCGCCGAUCGAGUGGAGAGGCGGCGGCGGUAUUUGGAGAUUUAUCUCGCGCAGCUGCUCGUCCCGCAGAAUCUCUUCUACGUUGCGGGCACCGCACUCUACGCGUUUCUGCAUGAUGGGGCAGUGCCCGUGCGGAAUAGGGGAGGCGGCGGUAUUCCCCCACUGAUUGGAUUAAACAGUCCAGAGGCGGAGGAAGAAGGAAAAGGGGAAGUGGUAAUGGUGGAGGCAAAAGAUGGAAAAGAAAAAGGGGGAGAAAAGGUCAGAGUAGAUGGGAAAGAAGAGACGGUUUUAUAUUCAGAAACUACACCAUCUAAAGUACAUGAUAGGAGUAGAAUAAACAGCAGCAUUUGUACCAGUAAUAGUACUAUCCAUAGUAGUAGAAGUAAAAGGGAUGAAGUAAAGAAUAAAGCAGAUACUCCACUUCACACAAAAAGGGAAAGUAGUCACUCAGAGAAGAGUCUAGCAAUGGCAUCUGCGAGUCUUUCUUCAGCAGGACUUGGGUUAAACAGUGAAAAUAUGGAUAUUGAAGAUAUUCCCUCUAAUGAUGAUACAGAUGUGGAAGAUGUACGUCAGCCUCCACGAGUACCCUUCUGUUUACAAUGUAAUGAAGAGUUUUCAUCACUUCUCUAUCCACAUAAAUGUUUUUCUUGUAAACAACGUUUUUGUCGGAAUUGUUUACGCCGUGUGGAACUAGAGGAUAAAGAUUUUGCAAAGGCAUGUCUACAAUGUUAUGAAAAUAUUUUACGACAUGAAGAAAAGAAAAAAAGUGUAAAAAAUUCUACUUCUUCAGCAUCUAUAGCCUCAUCAUCUAAAAGUAAUAAUGAUAUGAAUAACAGAAUUCCUAAUGAUGAUACUUUACGUUUUCAUAAUAGUUCUGUAGUUCGUACAGAUGUUUCUUUGCGUGACUUUAUACUUGUUACAACGAUUGGACGUGGUACAUUUGGAAAAGUUAUCAAAGUUAUAUUUCGUGAAGAUGGUAAAACGUAUGCGAUGAAAGUAUUAAAUAAAUGUAUUAUUCACAAGAGACGUAUGAUUGAUUAUAUUAAAGAGGAAAAAAACAUAUUGACUACACUUACACCUCAUCCAUAUGUAGUCACUUGUCAUUUUGCUUUUCAAACGGAUUAUCAUUUGUUUUUUGUACUGGAUUACCUUCCGGGUGGGGAAUUAUAUUCCUUAAUGUAUCCAAAAUCUCAACUUUCUACUGCAGAUGUUAAACUUUUCAUUGCUGAGAUAGUCUUAGCCUUGGAACACCUGCAUCGCUUUGAUAUCGUACAUCGAGAUCUUAAACCUGAGAAUAUAGUCUUGGGCCCGGAUGGACAUGUAAAACUAACGGAUUUCGGACUUGCCAGAAUGAACUUUUCUCAUUUACGACGACGAAGUUUUGUUGGGAGUGCGGAAUACCUCGCACCAGAGACAAUUCAAGGGGAAUAUCAAACAAAGGCAUUAGAUUGGUGGAGUCUUGGAGUGAUGUUGUUUGAAAUGCUUCAGGGGGAACCACCAUUUCAUGGGGCGAAUAAUAAUGAAGUUUAUGAUAAUAUCUUAACGAAAUCAUUAGAUCUCACGGCAGCUUGUUUUUCACCUGAAGCCGCUUCUUUAAUUGAACAAUUACUUCAUCGUCAACCGAAACAAAGAUUAAGAGAUCCACAGAAGAUUAAAGCACAUCCUUAUUUUGCUUCUAUAGACUGGGAAGCAUUAGAAAAAAAAGCCAUUCCCGCCCCUAUCCAUCUUGAAUUGGGUGAAAAUGAUACCAGAUACUUUAAGCGAGAGUUUACGGCAGAGUGGGCGGUUAUUGUAAAACCAUUAGGUGUAAGCCGAGCCACUUUAGAUGUAUUAACACAUCGUUUUGGUAAUUUUGUUUAUGUGAAGGAUGAAGAGUAUGCCUCUCCAUCACCGUUAAAUAAAAUAUCACAAGAUGAUCAAGGAAAUAUGUGGUUUCCUUCUUCUACUUCUACUUCUACUUUAUCAUCAACUAUGCUGGAUGCACAACAUCAUAGUGAUUCACUAAACCCACAGAGUCUCCAUGGAGUGUGGAGUCUUGUGAAGGUGGAGAUGGCAACAGCGGAUGGUAAAAUUGCAUAUCCCUGGGGAAGUGAAGUAUGUGGAUUGCUUGCAUACUUCCCAGAUGGAUUAUUUACAAUGCAACUUUCAUUUACACGAAAACAUCGAUCACAGAAGUGGAAUAUUCUUCACGCCACACGGGAUGAACUCGUAAAUGUGUAUAACUCAUAUGCUGCGAGUUUUGGUAAAUAUCAAAUGAAAACUGGGAGCAACGUUGUGGUGCAUUUUCCCAGUGGAAGUCUAUGCCCAAGUUUUACAUGGAGUUCACAAAAGUACUUUAUUCAACUCUAUAAAGGGAAUGAAGGAGAGGGCGGUGUGGAAAUGUUGAAACUCUUCACAGCGCCUUACAGACUUCGUGAAGAUGAUAUUAAGGCGAGAACAGUACUAACAUGGGAACGAGUUGCUUUAUAA